GGUGGGUGCCAUCCUCUUGCCUAAGUAAUCCAUGUUGAAAAGGAUGAUGUUGGAGGAAGCAGAAUUCACAUUUUCAGAUUUCUUGAGGUGUUACGUUAAGAGCAAAUCUCUUUUUCUAGAAAAAAACAUCUAGAAGAGCAAUGGGUGAAAUCACUUUGGAGAUCCCUGUGCUGAUUGAGAUGUUGGAUAACUCCAGUUCUUCCUUCUGCUCUUCUCCAAGAGCAGAGAUCUGCUGGAUUUGCACGUGGUUUAGAGGGAAGCUCUACCUCUGGCACUUUUAUUUCUGAUGACGUUAAUAGCAUUCAUUCUCUUGCAGUCCCACUUCUGUCUUGCAGUGACACCCUGGAUGACAUGAAGGAAUAUCCUUUUCUUUCUGCUUACCCAGCUGUGAGGUGGGGACAGAUGAGAGGCACUGCAUGGCCCUGUGGGUGCAGCUGUGUCCCGAUGCCUUCAGCACACACAGGUGGGCUUGUCCUGUGUCAGCUGGAGAGAAUAAACCAGGAGAGCCCAUGUUUGGGUUUGGGAUUAACUGGGUUUCUUGUAAAUAGUCAGCAGAGGUCACUGCCUGCUGGGAGUGACUAAACAAGGCCCAGCUUGCUGUGGUUUAGAGAACCAAAUCUGCUCUUUUGCAUUUUGGCUGGGGCUCAGGCAGGCUUUGGGAAGGUAAUGUUUCCCUCUGGGGCUGAGGAUGUGAGAUGUUGGGUUUUUGUGGGUUUUUUUUGUUUGUUUUUUGCCAAAAGAAAUCUUUGCUCCAGCAGAACCAGCCGUGAGAAAUGCAACCCGGGGCGAAAAGGGCACUGUUGAAUUUGUGAUAUCAAUUGAAGCUGAAGUGAAAAUGCACAAAGUGCAAAAGGAGCAAAUGGUUGUGGCCUCUGCCAACGCUGUUGGUGGAAAACAGUAGGAAUUGUGUGCAGCAUCAGUGGAGGGGCUGAGCCCAGAGUGCUGCUGAGCUGAGUGAGGAAACCCUGUGGGCAUUGCCAUAAAGCUUUCAGGUAAGAACUGCAGUGCCCAGAGGGAUGCCAUCAUCUUGAGGACACGCAUGGGCAUUGUGCAGGGACCAGCUCUGGAUGCCUGCACCCCCAGACUGUUUCGACUGGCAGCUUUGCACACAAAGCAAACAAUUUCAACAUCUGCUUGGGUCGCAUUCAAUUUUCUAGCGUUUUGUUUCGCAGGUUGGGUAAACAUCUUCUUUCUUGCUAGGAGGAGUUAAUCAUUGAUAGGCAAAUUGGCACGGGUCUGGUCCCUGCAGAGCAUGCAGCUGGCUAUGUGCAGCCAUUUCUGAGCGUGUGGGUGGAUGAGAACCCCUCCUUCAGCACAGCAGGGCUGUGUCAGUGCCUUUGGAUGCACCCAUCGCUGCCUGCAGAGCCCAGACUGGUGCCGUCCUCUGCAGAGCACAGAUAUUUGGCCUACAAAAAGAAUGCUGUGACUUCUGCAACGUGGUCAGGAUGAUGAUGGUGCCAGCUCUGGUGUCAGUGGGAGCAAGGGGCCGUGCUGCCGUCCUGGUGCUGCUUCUCACUGCUGCCCUGGUGGUGGGCACCCAGGGUGCUUGCGGUGCUCCGCCACGGUUCUCAUUUGCAGAACUGAAGGAGGACUACCUGCACAACAGGACGUUUUCCACCUCUGAAGUGGUGGAAUACAGAUGUCGGCCAGGCUACCUGAGGAAUUACAGAGCCCGGAACACUUACAUCUGUGAAAAGAACAGCUGGAAAGGAUCAAACAACUUCUGCUUACCAAAGCCCUGCAGUUACCCUGGAGAGCCAACCAAUGGCAGGCUUGUGGAAGUACAGCAGUUCACCUUUGGGUCCACAGCAAACUACAGCUGUGACACUGGGUACAGACUGGUUGGAAAUUCCCAGAUUAGGUGUGUGAUUAAAAAUGGGCAUGUUACUUGGGAUGGAAAUCCUCCUAUCUGUGAACCAAUUCCAUGUUUGCCCCCUCCAAAAAUAGCGAAUGGAGAUCACAACAGAGGUGACGUCGCGCUCUUCACAUACGGAGCUUCUGUCACCUACCACUGCCACACUGACAGCAGGGGGAGGAAGCAGUUCUCCAUGGUGGGGGAUGCCUCUAUUUUCUGUACAACCAAUGACAACGUGAAUGGUGUCUGGAACAAGCCAGCCCCGGAGUGCAAAGUGGUGAGCUGCAGGGAGCCCCAGGUGGAGCACGGCAGGCUGCAGAGCAGGUACAGAGCUGAGUACGCCUAUGGUGACACCGUCAUCUUCGACUGUGAAUUCCGUUACGUGCUGCUGGGCAGUGACACAGCCAUGUGCCAGGAGGAUGGCAGCUGGGAUCCACCACUACCGCAAUGCCAGCGCAGCAGCUGUGAUGACCCUCCUGACGUGCAGAAUGCUGUUAAAGCAAGACUUGCAGGCAAUUUAUUUCCCAUUGAGACUGUCAUCACUUAUGAGUGCCAGACGGGCUAUGAGUUCAGCCCUGGAGUGGUGAUGCAAAACAUCAGUUGUCUGCCAGACUACACAUGGACUGAAACUCCACCGCCCUGUGAAAGAAUUAGUUGCCCGAAUCCAGCUACCAAGAGUGGAAUGCACAUAAGCUCCUGGGGCAAAAAAGACACGUAUGUGUUGGGAGACAGAGUCCAAAUUAUCUGCGACCCUGGCUAUGUUUUCAAGGAUAGUGAUGAUUAUGUUGUGCUUCAGUGUACAAAUGAUGGCACAUGGAACCGGGAAGCACCAGAGUGCAUUCCAGAACCUCAUUGCCCAGAGCCUAUCAUUGACCAUGGAAGAGAGGUUUAUAAAAGCAAAAAUGAUUACACAGUUGGGACUCAAGUAAGGAUAGAGUGUGAUGAAGGCUACGUGAUCAGUAUCCAAGAAUCGAUCACGUGCCAGGCUGAUGGGAACUGGUUUCCCAAGUUACCCUACUGCCAGCAAGCCUGCGGCCCUCCCCCACAAACCACCCAUGGGCUGGACGUCAACCCAACAUCAUCAUUCUUCCCCUAUGGCUACAGAAUGGAAUACAGUUGUGCUGCGGGGCUGUCCCUCAUUGGGGAUGAAUCCAUCUACUGCACCUCUGAAGAUGGAGUGAACAUGGAAUGGAGUGGCCCUGCCCCAGAGUGCAGGGUGGUUCGCUGCCCCAAGCCCGUGGUUGAGAAUGGAGAGAUGGUUACACCACAGCACACGUUCCCCUAUGGGACAUCUGUGAGCUUCUACUGCAAGAAAGGCUUUACACUGCAUGGCAGUGCUGAGAGCCGCUGCGUGGCUGAUGGCAGCUGGCAGCCAGCCCUACCCAAAUGCCAGCCAGUCAAGUGUCGUGCACCAAAGAACAAGGAGAACCUACAGAUUUUCUCUGACAGGGAAGAGUACGAGUUUAAUGAAACCCUGUACUUCUCCUGCAAGCAGAGCAACAAUCCAGCAGAGAUGUCGUUAACCACCUGCUCUGCUGGUGGCUCUUGGAUGCCACCACCCAACUGUAAAACACUUCAUGCGUGCAAGAAGAUUCGUCAAAUUCAGGAAACUUUUGAGUGCGGAAUUCCUCUGGCAGAACUGAGAACUUUGCUGGAAGUACAGAAACUCUACCUGGAGAUCCAGAAGCUGGAGAAGGAUCUGGGAGCCAGAGGAGGCCGCUCAUGGCUGUACUUUUGCAGUCCUGUGGCACGGCUGCUGCUCGCCAUGCAGCUGCUCCUGCACUGGAUGGGGCCAUUGCUGGUACUGCUGGUGCUGCAGCCAGCGGGGAGCCUGGAGGUGCAGUGCCCGGUCCCAACGAUCCCUCAUGGGUGGCUGAAUCCUGCAGAGAAGAACCUCAGUGCUGGGAGCACAGCCACGCUUGAAUGUGAGGCUGGCUACGUCCCUGUGGGCAGCAGCAGCGUGAGGUGUCUGAGCAGUGGCAGAUUGCAGCCACGGACACCAGCAUGCAUCCGAGGUCGUUGUCCUUCCCCUCCUGCUGUUGACUACGCCGACCGCAGACCUCCAUAUGAGUUCCUGGUGGGUUCCACCAUCACCUACUUCUGCAGACAUGGGUACACGUUGAUCCCCGGCGUGUCUCCAACAACAACUUGUCUCAAAAAUUUCACCUGGUCUGCGAUCCCAGCGCUUUGCCAGAUGGUGCAGUGCCCAAGCCCAGCCAUCAUCAACGGGAGGGAGACGAGUGCAAAGCAAGAGAAGUACAGCGUUGGGCAGCAGGUGGAGUUCCAAUGCAACCCAGGCUACGUGCUGUGGGGCAGCCAGAGGACUCAAUGCUGGUCAGAUGGGACGUGGAAACCCCCGGUGCCGUACUGCGAUAAAGUCUGUACCCCCCCUCCGCUGAUCACCAACGGGCAGCACACUGGCUUGAGAACAGAACUUUUUCCCUACGGUACAGAGGUGAAAUACAGCUGUGCUUCAGGGCUGUCCCUCAUUGGGGAUGAGUCCAUCUAUUGCACCUCUGAAGAUGGGGUGAACCUGACAUGGAGCGGCCCUGCCCCGGAGUGCAGGGUGGUUCGCUGCCCCAGGCCCGUGGUUGCCCAGGGGAGGAUGGAUCUGUCAUGGCACACGUUCCCCUAUGGGACGUCCGUGCGCUUCUCCUGCAAUGAGGGCUUUGUGCUGCACGGCGAUGCCAAGAGUCGCUGCACGGCUGAUGGCAGCUGGCAGCCAGCCCUGCCCAAAUGCCAGCCAGUUCUGUGUCCCAAACCACGAGUUGCCAAUGGAAAGCUGACAAGCACUGAUCAGACGUGGUACCCAAUAAACACCACAGUCACAUUUGUGUGCCACGAGGGAUACCAUCACUUCUCAGGUGAUGGAGAAGCCUCUUGGACAGCCACGUGCUUGGCUGAUGGCAACUGGACACCACUGCCCAAGUGUAAGAAGGAAGGUGAUGCUGACGUGUGUGGAGAGGUUGCUUAUAUUCAGAGUGUCGUCUCUGAUUGCCACGUGCCUACAGAAGAUGUGAAAACUCUGCUGGAAAUACAAAAACUCUUCCUGGAGAUUCAAAAACUGAAAGUGGAAUUGCAAGGACUGAGCAAGGAGGUCCUGGAGCACAUCCUGCAUUGUGCCUGUGGGCCCCCACCUCCCAUGACCCACUCCCAGCCCUCCGGCGUUGAGCAGCUCAGCAGCUUCCCUGUAGGCUCCAGGGUGACCUACACGUGUCUGCACGGUGCUAUCAGGAUCCCCGGGGCGUUGGACACGGUGCAGUGCCUGCCUGGCUCAUACUGGUCGGAGCUGCGAGAUCCCUGUGGAUUGAGCUGCGCUACCCCGACCUCAGUGCACUUUGCUGCCCUGUCCGAGGUGGAUGAGAUGAUCAAUUUCUAUCCUGUUGGGUUCACUGUGAGCUACGUCUGCCGCCCUGGUUAUGAGAACAUCUCAGAAAGCCAACCCACCAGCACCUGCCUUGAGAGCCUGACGUGGUCAGAGGUCCCGGAGUUAUGCCAGAAGAGCCGCCCAGCCUCAAGAGGGAGGAUGAAGGCAAAACACCGCUGCUCCGGUUCCGAGGGCGGCUCCGCUUCUUUCGCUGAGGGCCGGGCGGGGCCGGGACUGGAGGAUUUCCCCAAAUGCCCGCUGGCCGCGAUGGGCUCCGCUCCGUGCCGCUCGCUGCUGCUGUCCCUGCUGUCGCUGUUGCCCGCGGUGUGCGGUGACUGUGGGCCGCUGCCCAAGCUCAGCAGGGCAGAACCUCCCGAGGACGUCCGGCACAAGGACAGCUUCCCUGUGGGCUCCCAACUUGCAGAUAAAGGUUUGAAAACUACAGUAUUUACAGCAAAACUGUUAUAUUUUUCAAUGAAAGGGCUACGGAAUAAGCAAUGCCUUCUUACAGCCCGGCUGCUCUGUCACAUUUGCGAUGGGAAAAAUCUCUCGCAUCGCUCCGGUGCUUCCGCAAUCGCGUCCUCAGGCCGAGGCAAUCGGUCUCCAGGCGGGUGGCUGCCGCUGCGUCGCGCUGUUGGAGGCGCAGCCGCUGGGAAGGGCGGUGAUGGAGAUGGUGGUGGUGGAGGAAAGCCCGUAGCUGUGGGCACGGGGGGGGUGGAGAUGGAGGCACCGAGCCGCACAGCCCUCGCUGUGAUUCAGCCGCUAAUUGAAGGCGAAACCUUCGCGCAUCGCGGGGCUCGGCGUGGGGAGGAGGCGACCGCGCCCCGUGCCGUGUGGGUGCGGAUGUGUGCGUGUGUGCUGGGCCCGGCUCCUCAUUUUCCUACGGAGGCGGAAGGAUGCCGUGUUACAGCGCGACCGGCGGCUGGCGCUGGUGCAGCCUCCGCUCGCUCCGGAAAAGGUCGUGAGGAGCUGAGCAGCGCUGAGCGGAGCCGUGCUGUAAGGAGCCGUGCUCCGUGCUGCCGGGCUGCUCGCAGCAUCGCCGCACAACCGUCGGAGCAUCCAGGGAUGGCCGUGGGAACGGCGCUGCUGUGGCUCGGCGCUGCGCUGCUGGCGCUGCCCGGAGCGUGCGGUGAUUGCCCGGAACCGCCGAGGUUCGUUUUUGCGGAGCCCCCCGGUCCUACCAACGCUUCGUACCCCGUUGGGGAGGUGCUGAAGUACCGCUGCCGCCCGGGGUACACGAGAGACGUGAGCAAGUCCAACCGCGUCACCUGCCUGCCCAACUCCACCUGGGCGUCAGAAGCCGACUUCUGCAUCGGAAAGUCGUGUGAACUGCCAGAAAUACCGAAUGGUGACUUCCACUUCAGCACCAACCUCCAGUUUGGAGCUACAGUAAACUUCACCUGCAGGGCUGGGUACCGUUUAGUUGGGAAUCCGACGGCGCAAUGCGUUCUGAGUGGCAGUGAUGUCACUUGGGAUCACGUUCCACACUGUGAAGUUAUUCCCUGUCAGCCACCUCCUGCCAUUGAGAACGGACAGUUCAGUGGUGUGCACACAGAUUACACCUUUGGGGUAGCUGUAACCUACAGCUGCAAAAAUGGGUUUUCUCUCAUUGGAAACGCCACAAUUCACUGUACAGCAGAUGAUAACCUCAAUGGGAUAUGGAGUGAUCCAGCCCCAGAAUGCAAAGUGGUGAGAUGUGAAAAGCCAGAAGUGGAAAAUGGGAAGAAUUUAAACAGCUUUGCCACUGAGUACACGUAUGGAGAACAAGUGAGCUUUGAGUGUGCUCCUGGGCACGCUUUGAGCGGCGCUCAGACGGUUACCUGUGAUGCAGACAGUGCCUGGAAGCCACCUCUGCCAACGUGUGACCCACGAUACUGUGGCCCUCCUCCCAACAUCCCUUCUGCUGAGUUAACAGGGGCUGCAAACAGCAGCUCCUUGGCUGGAACGAAGCUGACAUACCGGUGUCAGCCAGGUUUCACCACAGAGAGUGGGAAGUCCCUGGAAGUCACCUGUAUGCUGGAUGCCACCUGGUCUGCAGGCUCUGCACUGUGCACACGUCAGCAAUGCGCUGCUCCCACGAUACAGAAUGGGAUUGUGAAUGAGGACAGUUUCCUGUUUGGGGCAACUGUGACCUUCUCCUGCAACGCUGAGUAUGAAUUAAAGGGAUCAUCUUCUGCCAAAUGUGUGGCAGUGGGAAAUGGAGUUGAAUGGGACGUGGAUCUCCCAUCCUGUGAAAGACGACGCUCUGAUGUUCUCUGUGAACAGCCCCCCAGCAUCGGCAAUGGGGUUCACAAUGGCACAGAGGUCACAGCCUUCCCCCAGGGCUCUGUUGUGGUUUAUUCCUGCAAUGAUGGCUUCAUCCUGGUUGGAGGCAGCACCAUUCAGUGCCUGGCGAAGGCUCAGGAUCGUGGAGUCUGGAGCACACCCCCUCCUGAGUGCAGAGAUGGAGCAAGCAGCAUCAUUGUUGACAAGAUGUUGCACUUUUUAGCUGGCGUUGUGCUGGACACAACAGCAGUGUGGCUGUGCCAGCGGUUCAGAUUCAGACAGCGCCGAUGCGCAGUGCCACACAUUGAGAAUGGGAGGAGCGCUCCUUUUCGCUACGUCUACCGGCCCGGGGACUCAGUAAGAUUCACCUGCAACACGGGCUACACCUUGCAAGGCUCCUUCACGAAGGUGAUGUGUCCUCAGGCCCCGAACAUCGCCAAUGGGCGGCACAGCGGCCAAUCCACGAACAAAUUUCUCCCAGGAGCAAUCGUGUACUACAGCUGCAAGGAUGGCUUCCAGCUGCUGGGGAACGUCUCCAUCAGCUGCUCAGAAGUCGGGCGCUGGAGCCGGCCCCUGCCCCGCUGCCAAGCCAUCGGCUGCCAGAGUCCCACAGUGCACAACGGGAAGGUGCAGGCAUUGAAGGACACCUUCGAGGCUGGGGAGACGCUGCGGUUUGACUGCGAUGCUGGGUAUGCUGCAGAGGGCGGCCAUUGGGCUCGGUGCCAGCCUGGGGGGAGCUGGGACCCACCGGUGCUCAGCUGUGAGCAGGUUCAGCCGUGCCCCAUGCCUCCAAAGAUCAGCAAUGGAGAUCAUGAUGGCCACGGCAGAGCAGAGUUCACCAUGGGGAUGUACGUGACGUACACUUGCAAUGUUGGCUACUACUUGGCUGGGAACGUUGAACGUGUCUUUUGCAAAGCAUCGGGGAAAUGGAGCCAGCCCAGCCCACACUGUGAAGAAGUGACGUGCCCUCAGCCCCCGAACAUCGCCAAUGGGCGGCACAGCAGCCGCUCCUCUGCCAGGUUCCCACACGGCACCGUUGUGUACUACAGCUGCAAGGAUGGCUUCCAGCUGGUGGGGAACGUCUCCAUCAGCUGCUCAGAAGUCGGGCGCUGGAGCCGGCCCCUGCCCCGCUGCCAAGCCAUCGGCUGCCAGAGUCCCACAGUGCACAACGGGAAGGUGCAGGCAUUGAAGGACACCUUCGAGGCUGGGGAGACGCUGCGGUUUGACUGCGAUGCUGGGUAUGCUGCAGAGGGCGGCCAUUGGGCUCGGUGCCAGCCUGGGGGGAGCUGGGACCCACCGGUGCUCAGCUGUGAGCGGGUUCGCCCUUGCCCCAUGCCUCCAAAGAUCAGCAAUGGAGAUCACAACCGGCACGGUGAAGGCUUUUUCACCACGGGAAUGUCUGUGUCGUACACCUGUGAUCCCAGCUUCUACCUGGUUGGGAAUGCACAUGUGGUUUGCAGAGCAUCAGGGACCUGGAGCCAGCCCAGCCCACGCUGUGAAGCAACCGUCUGCUUAAAGCCAGAUAUACAGGAUGGGUGGGUAGUUGAUGAUCAUGGACUCAUCUAUGCACCGGGGCAAAUGGUGACGUUUCAGUGCCAGGAAGGCUACAGCUUGCGGGGCAGUGCCCAAGCCCUGUGCCAGAAGAACGGCAGCUGGGACCCCCCAGCACCCCUCUGCGAUCCACUCCACAGCUCCGUGCUGCCCAGAAGGGCUGAGAGCUCAGGUGGCUGUGGGCUUCCCACCAGGCUGACCUUUGCUGAGCUCAAUGAGGAGCACAGAAAUGAGAUUGAUUUCUCUGUUGGGAAGACUGUGGGAUACACUUGUCGGCCCGGAUUUGCUAAGCACCCAGGAAUGUCACCCACUAUUACAUGCCUGCAGAGCGGAGUGUGGUCAGAAGCACUCGAGUUCUGUAAAAGGAAACAAUGCAAUCACCCCGGGGAACCCGAGAAUGGCCGGAUUACAGCCCUGGCAGACCUCUUCUUUGGGUCAAUAGUGGUCUACAGCUGUGAAGAAGGGCACAGGCUGAUCGGGAAGUCCAGCCGGCGAUGUGAGAUCCAUGGGGGACGCGUUGCAUGGUCCGGUGACAUUCCCACCUGCCAACGUAUCCCCUGUGUGCCCCCCCCCAACAUUCCCCAUGGGAAGCACACGGGGCGGCUGCUGGAUGAGUUCCACUACGGCACCUCGGUCACCUACAGCUGCGAGCCCGGUUACCCAAUGCACGGGAAUGCUUCCAUCUUCUGCACCACCCAAGAUGGGAAAAACGGGGUGUGGAGUGGACCCCCCCCACUGUGUGGAGAAGCAGGAUGCUCUGCCCCGCAGAUCCAGAAUGGGAGGAUAGUGCCAGCUCCUCGGAGCACCUACGCACACAAGGACAACGUCACCUUCGAGUGCGAGCCAGGCUACGUCAUCCGUGGCCCCAGAGUGGUGCAGUGUCAGCAGAACAACACCUGGCAGCCCCCGGUGCCCAUCUGCGAGCAGGCUGGCUGCAGGGCACCCCCCAGGUUGCUGUUUGCAGAGCUGAAGGAGCCCUACAGGAACCAGACUGCCUUUCCUGUGGGUGGGACUGUGGAGUACAUGUGCCAGCCCGGCUAUGCCUGGCACGUGGGGAUGUCACCGACCAUCACGUGCCUCGGGAAUCAGAGCUGGUCUGUGGCACUGGAGUUCUGCAAAAGGAAGCAAUGUGCAAACCCUGAUGACCCACAGAAUGGCAGAGCCAUGGUCCUGACUGAUCUCCUCCUUGGGUCCAAAGUGAAUUACACGUGUGACGAGGGAUACAAGCUGAUCGGGCGUCCGCAGAGGACAUGCGAGGUGUCUGGCACACGCGUUGCAUGGAGCGGGGAUGCUCCCACCUGCCAUCGUAUUGUCUGCGACCCACCCCCAGACAUCCCACAUGGAACACACAGUGGGGGAUCGAUGGAUGCCUUCCCCUACGCGGCCGUGGUCACCUACACGUGUGAGCCAGGCCGUGUUUUGGCUGGGACAGCCUCCAUCUUCUGCACCACCAUGGAUGGGGAGCGUGGUGCAUGGAGCGGGCCGCCGCCGCGCUGCGGAGAUGUGCAGUGUCCUCCCCCUCCAAGCAUCGCCAAUGGGAAGCACAGCAGCCAGCCCUCGGACACAUUCCUGCCCGGAGUGGCCGUUCAGUACAGCUGUAAGGAUGGCUAUUUGCUCACUGGGAAUGCAUCCAUCACCUGCACUGCUGCAGGAACCUGGAGCCAGCCCCGGCCACGCUGUGAAGCAAUAGGCUGCAGAAGACCCGAGAUUGAGAAUGGAAGAGUGACUGGGCCAGAGUCCGUCUAUAUGCCCGAGGCCAUCGCUGUCUUUGAAUGCAAUUUUGGUUACGCCUUAAAGGGCUCUCAUGAGUCUCAGUGCCAGUUUGGGGGCACAUGGGAUCCUCCUGUUCCCACCUGUGAAAAGAUGCUGCAGUGUCCUUCCCCUCCAAAUAUCACACACGGUCAGUACAGUAGUGAGGAUGUGAAAAUGUUUGUCCCCGGAACCUCUGUGAGGUACAGAUGUGACCCGGGGUACGUCCUCACGGGGAAAACAGCAGUGACUUGUUUGACAUCUGGAAUGUGGAGCAUCCCUUACCCGCGGUGCGAAGUGGUCACCUGCAUGAGCCCUAGCAUUAAGCACGGAGAAGUGGCUGGAGGGCAGCAAGCUGUCUACCGGCCCGGGACCAUCAUCACCAUCCGGUGCCACCCGGGCUACAUGCUGCGGGGCAGCCAGGAGCCCAAGUGCCAUUCUGAUGGCCGCUGGGUCCCUUUUAUCCCCAGCUGCGAGCCAGCGCUGCCUUGCCCUCCACCACCCACCAUUGCCCAUGGCAUACACGACGCCAAGCUCGAGACCAACUUCACCAGUGGAAUGUCUGUGAACUACAGCUGCCAGCCCGGCUUCUCCCUGCUUGGGGACCCCUCUGUCCGGUGCCUGGAAGGGAGCUGGAGCCUCCCGUACCCACGCUGUGCAGUUGGAUGUGGGACACCGACACUGUUACAGUUUGCUGAGCUAAACAAGGAGUAUAAGAAUUGGACUGAGUUUCCAGUUGGGACCACAGUGAAAUACACCUGCCAGCCAGGAUACACCAGACAUUCACAGAUACCACCCACUAUUACGUGCCUUGAAAAUCAGACGUGGUCUGAAGCUAAGAAGUUUUGCAGACGGAGAAGGUGUGAUCAUCCAGGAGAACCAGAAAAUGGCAGAGUUAUUGUUAUAACAGAUCUCCUCUUUGGAUCAACUGUGAAUUACACUUGCGAUGAAGGGUACAGGCUAGUUGGAGCUUCUCAGCGACACUGCGUGAUUUCAGGCUCUGGGACGCGAGUGACGUGGACUGGGGCUGUUCCUGUCUGCCAGAGUAUCGUUUGUGACCCACCUCCCGACAUCCCGCACGGAACACACAGCGGGCACCUGAUGGAUGCCUUUCCCUAUGCAGCUGUGGUCACAUACAUGUGUGAGCCUGGCCACGUGCUGGCUGGGACAGCCUCCAUCUUUUGCACCACAGUGGAUGGGGAGCACGGUGCCUGGAGCGGACCAGCACCACACUGUGGAGGGCAGCUGUGUCCUUCCCCACCAGUGAUUGACCAUGGCCAGCAUGAUGGCAUGGACGUGGAGUUUAUCCCUGGAAUGUCUGUAAAUUACAGCUGUGACCCUGGCUAUUCUCUUACUGGACCAGCAGCUCUGUACUGCACUGGCAAUGCAAGCUGGAGCAGCCCUCAGCCCCGCUGUGAAGUGUUACAGUGUCCUUCACCUCCAAAUAUUGACGGAGGCAAUCAUGACAGCCAGGAUGUGGAAGUUUUCCUUCCUGGAAUGGCUGUGAACUACAGCUGUGAUCCUGGCUACAGCCUGCUGGGGGAGGCAUCCAUUUACUGCACAGAGUCUGGAAACUGGAGCCUGCCCGCUCCUCAGUGUGAAGGUAGCUGCGGUGUUCCUCCAAGACUCAGCUAUGCUGAGCUGGCCAAGGAGCACCAGAACACGACAGCCUUUCCCGUUGGGAGCACAGUGCGCUACGCCUGCCGCCCGGGAUUCAUGAGACACCCCACAGUGCUGCCAGUUCUGACGUGCCUCAAAAACCACACGUGGUCUGAUGUGCGAGCGUUCUGCAAAAGGAAAGAAUGCAAUUAUCCUGAAGCACCACAGAAUGGCAGAGUUGUUGUUCUGACAGAUCUCCUGUUCAGGUCCAUCGUGAACUACACAUGUGAAGAAGGGUACCGGCUGGUCGGUCAGUCCCUGCGGCGCUGUGAGCUUUCUGGAGCAGAUAUUGCAUGGAGUGGUGAUCCUCCCACUUGUCAGAAGGUGGUUUGUCCAGUGCCACAGAUCCAGAAUGGGAGAGUAUCCAUUCCCAAACAGCGCUACAGAUACAAGGAUACUGUCAGCUUUCAGUGCCACGAAGGGUUUGUGCUGAAAGGGCAUCCCACAGCCCAGUGCAAAGCUGACAAAACAUGGGAUCCUCCCGUGCCCGUCUGUGAGCAGGUGGUAAAUUGUCCAUCUCCCCCAAGCAUCAUCAAUGGGGAACACAGUAGAUUCUCAGACACUUUUGGCGUAGGUGCAAUCGUGCAUUACCACUGCAAACCUGGCUUCUUCCUCAUUGGAAAUAAGUCCAUCCUCUGCACACCGCAUGGGGUCUGGAGCCGUCCCCUACCUCGGUGUGAGGCUGGCUGCGUGAGCCCAGGAGUUGGGCAUGGAAAAGCUAUUGGAUCAGAAUCUCUCUACAUGCCUGGAGACAUCAUCACAAUUGAAUGCAACUCUGAUAAUAUCUCAGAAGUCCUCCACAAGUCCCAGUGUCAAUCUGGGGGCACAUGGUUUCCUCCACUCCCUGCCUGUGACCGAGGUGAGUGCGUGUCACCCAUCCUUAUACCUGUAUUUUCUGACCUUGCACUAUUUGUAGCACAUGGCAGGAUGUUUAGGGGGCAAGAGGAAUCCUACCUGGUUUUGUCAGAUGUAAGGGACCUGUAUGGAUACUGCUUCAGAUGCUGUAGGGUAAAGUGGGUGCAUGAGGUUGGGCAGUGGGCUCUGUGCAUUAGUGUCAGUGGUGUGGAGGUGGGCAUACAGCCAUGUGCAGAUGCUUGGAGGUUCUCCUCUUGCCUCCAAGAGUGCUUUUUAAUCUGUACUUCUCUCUCCUUAGUGCUGCACUGUUCCAAGCCCCCAGAUAUUCUCCAUGGGGGUCACAGUGGCCUGGGAAAAGCAGUUUUCCCUCCUGGAACAUCUGUGAACUACAGCUGUGAGACUGGCUUCUCCCUCGUUGGGAUGGCAUCCAUUUACUGUACAGAGUCCGGAGCCUGGAGCCAUCCUUUCCCUGUCUGCCAAGUCGUGAAGUGCCUCCACCCUCCAGCUAUCACCAAUGGGAAGCUCCAAGGCAACACUUCAGACACUUUUUUCUAUGGAGCAUCUGUGUCCUACAGCUGUGAUUCUGGCUAUUCACUCAGUGGGGAUGCUUUCAUCACCUGCACAGCGUCAGGAACCUGGAGCCAUCCUCCUCCUCAAUGCAAAGAGAUCAGUUGUGUAUUCCCAGAAGUUCAAGGUGUUAAGAAAACCGCGUCUGGGAAAACGUACAGAAUUGGGACUAACAUCACUCUUGAAUGUGAUGAUGGGUACACGUUGGAAGGCCUCAGUCAGAUUCAGUGCCAGGAGGACUUCAGCUGGGACCCUCCUGUGCCAGCCUGUAAACUCACUUCACCCAGGUCUGGUUCAGUAGGGCUAGGAAUCGCAGCUGCAGUCGUUCUGCUUCUCCUGGGUGUGACCAUCGGCUGGAAAAUUAUCUCUAAGCAGAAGGAAGGCUUCUACCGCACGUAUGAAAAUGACAACCACAAAACCUCUCUGGAUUAGAUGGCAGAACAGAAAUGUUUACGUCUUGCAUGGCAGCUCCGCGUUAUUAAACAGCGCAAGGCGAGCAGCCCGUCUUUCUGA